UGAUAUCUACAUUGCGCGCGAGGUUUAUGGAAACUCAACAUUUACGAUUUGUCACAUUUACAAACUGAUAUUUAGUAUUUUUUUUGUGCAAAAUACGUGGGGCUCUAACAGACCUAUUUGAAGGGACAUUAAUCAUUGGAAUGAAGAGCUAGUAUUUAAACAAAUUCUAAACGUUUAAUUGACAUGUCACUUUCACUUCCCCCGUAAAUAAAAGGUACAUUCACAUGUGGUUUCUCAUAAUUCAAUAGCGCUCAAUAAUACAAUACUUCUAGAGAACUUGCAAAUGCUUCACCUUGAAAUAAUAAGUUAAUAUGUUUAUCGAGUCGUUAUUAAAUGGUUUAGGAAAAAGCCAUCAUUUACAGCGGGCAAUUUAGCGAAAUGAGGAAUGACGAAUUGUGGAAUGAGGAAGAGAGACAGGAGUUGACAAUUCUGUACCAUUUGCGUGGACCAUUCUGUUUCGCAGGACUCGAGUAGACAGAUGAUGAUCUCGAAGAAGUCAGACAAGUCUCCCGCUGAAACGUAAGUUACAAUUUGAUCUAUUACAGAUAUAAAGUUAAAUGCAGGUGUCACAGUUGCCUUUGAUGCUUAUCAUCACGUUUUGGAUUCACCUGUUACUCACAUGCUCUCUAUGCACAAUUCAAUAUAUGACAUUAGCUAUCUCUUUGCCGUCUCUAAACUUGUUUGACUUUAUCUGUAUUUUUCCAAGUCAAUCGUAUUGAAAUUUGUGAUCAAUUUUGGAUUGUGUUCAUACAUUUCCCUUUUUGGUGAUACAUUUAUUUUUAUUCCUUGACAUCACAGAGGAAAUGAGAGUAAAUCAUGUGAGUGUGGCAUGAUGCGGUGGCAGACUUGAAGCUGUGCCUGUGUGCAUUUUUAGACUUGAUUUUCCCUAACAAAACAUUUAACAACCCCUACUGAAAUGUCCAUUAAUUAUAAUCCACAUAAUAAUUCACAUUUCCUGUUGCUGCAAGAUUAUUUUCCUGCUGUAGCAAACUGGCUCAAAUUAAGAUCCUACAUCUGUAUGAGUGCCCGGCAGCUGGUCCUGAGGCAGAGAGCAGAGCUGCUGCGUGCCCUGUGCUGUGGUGGCUCUUCUGAGGGUCUGGAGAGUGUAUUGGACCUACUCCUGUCCUGGGGCAUGCUGUUCUGGGAGGACUACCAGAAUGUACUGGUACCAUGCCGUGGUCUGUGUGCCAACACAAGGGUGCUACUAGAUCUGGUGUACACCAAGGGAGAUGAGACCUGUCGACUGCUCCUGGCUGCUUUCAAACAGGUCCUCCCUGAGGCCCAAAGAGCUGGCCUCUCUUUUGGAAACUGUUGUACUGCCGAUCUAGAAAAUAUAAGAGAUGAUACAAAAGAACUACAUGGUACAGCUAUCCAGACCCUCCAGACAGACAGGCCUGAUCUGGUGAGGAGGCUAAGGGACCAUAUUGAAGGAGCUCUGGAGGUCCUGCUGCAUACGGGCAGCUUUACACCAUCUGAUUGCGAUGAAGUGCAGCUACCUGUGUACACCCCCUCACAACAGACAAGGCGUCUACUGGACCAGGUCAGAUCAAAGGGGGAGUCUGCAGCAAAGGUCCUACUGCAAUACUUUCAGCAAACAGAGGACCAUCCCUCACCAUCUAACCAAGAGGCUCCUCCCAAAGAGUGCUUGUCCUAUCAGAAGAAGCUGCGCAGCACUGUGUCGGCCCAGUCACAUUUCCUCAGAACGUAUGGAGGAACCAGCAGUCUGUCUCUAGAAGACAUCUACACAGAGGGUCAGCUGGAGCUUGCCCAGGGUGGCAGUGAGGCCCAGCCCCAGACUGGUGCUCUGGGGCUGGAGGACGUGGUGGGCCUGGUGGGCACCCUGAACCAGGAGGCUGACACUGUGCUAGUCUCUGGGGAUGCAGGCAGUGGGAAGAGCACCCUUCUCCAGAGGCUGCACCUCCUCUGGGCCAGGGGGGUGGCUCUACAUGAUUUCUUCCUCCUCUUCUCCUUCAGCUGCCGCAGGCUGAGCUCGGAACAGAGGGAGCUGUCUCUCAGAGAGCUGCUGUUUCUGCACUGCUGCUGGCCGGACGGGGACCAGGACCGAAUCUUUCAGUUCAUCCUGGACCAUCCGCACCUCAUCCUCUUCACCUUCGACGGCCUGGACGAGCUCAUGCAGAGCUUCUCAGACUCAGAGCAGAGGCACUGCUGCCCCACCCAGUGUGCCCCAGUCCCCACCCUGCUCUUCAACUUGCUGCAGGGAUCCCUCAUGAAGGGGGUGAGGAAGGUGGUGACCAGCCGGCCAGAGGCAGUGGGUCCCACCCUGAAGCGGUACCUUCGCAAGGAAGUCCUCUUGAAAGGCUUCUCGCCCGGCGGAAUCGACUGCUUCGUGAGGAAGUAUCAUCGCGACCCGACGGUGGCCACCAGGGUCCUGGAGUGUCUACGAAGCAACACAGCUCUACUGGGCCUGUGUCACAUCCCGGUUUUCUGCUGGAUUGUGUCCAAGUGUUAUAAGGAGCUGCUGGGCUGUGGAGAGGGAGAGGGCAGUCCCAAGACCAUCACAGAUGUUUACCUCAUGAUCCUGCAGCAUUUCUUCCAGCGCCGGGCCUCUCAGAGGAACACGAUGGGGAUAGGAUGGGUGCAGGAGCACCAGGAUACUGCCCUGCAUCUGGGGCAGCUAGCCAUGGAGGGCCUGGGGGCCUCUUGUUACAUCUUCACAGGCACAGAGCUACAGAAGUGUGGGGUGACCGAGGAAGAUAUCUGCAUGGGGUUCCUCAUCCGUAGUAAAGACCUCUCCUCCUCCACUAACUGCAAACACUACGAGUUCCUGCACAUUACCAUGCAGUGCUUCUUUGCUGCUCUCUACAUUGUCCUGAACAAUAACUCGGACCGCUCCACCAUCCCUAAGCUCUUUCAGCCGCAGAACAGGCAGCAACAGCCUGGCUUUCACAGGGCGUGUCUGGGGCACUGCUUGACCCAACAAGAAGGGGCCUUGAAGGAGGCCAAUAAGGCAGCAGAGACACCCAACCUCCAGAUAACAGCCACUUUUGUGUCUGGGCUCUUGGCUCAGCGCCACCGUAGCCUGCUGCUUCUCUCCUGCCCUGGGCCCACUCUGGACAGGAAGUCCAAGCAGGUGGUGACGUGCCUGUCCAAAGGCAUGCAGAAGCACUUUAAAUCCAUCCCUCGGCCCGUGGAGGGGGAGAAGAAGAGCAUGCACGCCAUGCCGGGCUUCGUGUGGCUCAUCAAGUGCAUCCAUGAGAUGCAGGACAGCAGGAUCGCCAGAGACGCUAUGGCUAAGCUAGAGGUGGAACACCUGAAGCUGACCUAUUGUAACAUAGGCCCUGGGGAGUGUACUGCACUGGCCUACGUGCUCCAGCACCUUAGGAACCCUGUGGGGCUUCAGCUAGACUACAACUAUGUAGGAGAUGUUGGUGUGGAGCAGCUGCUGCCUUGCCUGCAUGUCUGCCACUCUGUAUACCUGAGACACAAUAACAUAUCAGAUGAGGGAAUUCGUAAAUUGAUUGAAAAAGGCAUCCAGUGUGAGCGCUUUCAGAAGAUUGCGCUCUUCAACAACAAGCUAACUGAUGCCUGCACAGAGUGCUUCGCUCACCUCCUGAAGAUGAAACAGAAUUUUCUCUCUCUAAGGCUGGGAAACAAUAACAUCACAGCAGCAGGGGCAGGGCAACUGGCGGAGGGACUGAGGUUCAAUCGGUCACUACAGUUCUUGGGGCUUUGGGGAAAUAAAAUAGGUGAUAAAGGUGCAGAGGCCAUUGCCAAUGCUCUCAAAGACAGCCAAACCUUGGUGUGGCUCAGCCUGGUAGACAAUGGUGUUGGCAAUGCAGGAGCAUGUGCUCUUGCCCCACUCAUCAAGAACAGUACGCUAGAGGAGCUGUGGUUAACCAAAAACUGCAUCACAAGAACAGGUGUGGAGUGUCUAAUACUGGCUCUUGAAAGCAACACUAGUGUGAAGGCAGUGUGGUUGAAAGGUAAUGAGCUCAGCCCAGAAGAGGUGGAGGAGAUGACACAGCGGGAACCCAGGUUUACAUUCUGAUGAUGCCAAGUGCGGGUCAACUAUACUGGAGUAUUAUUGUUUACAGCCAUGUGUUUGUCUGUUUGUAAUUUAUGUAACUUCUUCAGUAGCAUUUCCCUUAAAAUGGUAGUUGUGUUAUUUAUAGGUUAUUAUAUGUUUUUACGUACAUUAUGGAUCAUGUUGGAUGUAAUGUUCUCUAUGAUGUAAACAGUGUGGGCAAGCUUGUUUUAUCCAUUCACAAUAAGUAGCAACCUCUGACCUGCUCUGCUACUACAGGCAGCUUGUUUUAUCCAUUCACAAUAAGUAGCAACCUCUGACCUGCUCUGCUACUACAGGCAGCUUGUUUGGUAGCAUUCUUUUCAUAUUAGUCAUAUUAGUCAUUGUGAUAAGGAACUGGUCUGACACUUGUUUUAUGUAAGCACCGUUGGGUGUGAGACUAUUGUUUCUGGCUAAUUAUCAAAUAACAGUCAGGUAUUUGAACUGGUACAUCAGCAUUCUUAUGUACCCUACCCUAUUGUACACUGCCUGACUGGAAGUGCCAGUAUGUUUGAUAACAUGGGUUGAUUCAGUGGUAACAUGACUCUUAUUUUAUCAGUGAAUCACUAACAGUGAUUAAAUUAGUCCUAUUGUGUCAGUGCUCUAUGGUGGGGAUAGAACGACUUGUUACAUUAUGUCACCUUGCCUACUGAGAAAUGUUAAUGUAGGUUAUAACAUUUUUAAAAUGCACUAUGCAGAAAUCUCUCCGCCGUUUUCUGGUUCGGAAAAAUCGAAUAGUUCGCUUAAUUUCAGUUUAUGUGACAACAAGCAAGUAUAGUGUAGAGAAUACCAAAAAGUUACAAAUUGCAGCUUUAAUUUGAAGUAAAACAGUAAUUCAGUGUACUAUUAAUGAAAAAUAAUUUCUCCAAAAUAUAAUAUGAAGAAUUCACAUGCUGCUUUUAUCAAUAUUUGCACAUCAUUCUGCACUCAUAACAAGUAAUUUGCAUGUCAACACACACACAUGCCUGGUUUGAAUUACAUGAAUCUGUCUACACUAUACAAGUCACAGUGUAGAAGAUCCCAGACCUAUCAACAGCACUGUUAAUGUGGGAGGCAAUUAAUUAUGUAUAUAAACCCUGCACUGCUGAUGGUUUGUAUUGGCCAUUGAGAGGCUUUGAAGUAGACGUUGACCAAUUAUGAUUUUUCAACGCCGAUACCGAUUGUUGGAGGACCAAAA